UACAAAACCCAAAACAACAGCGAAAACGAGGGAGCGCGAGCGAGCGAGCGAGGGAAUGAGUAUUCUCGCGGGGAGGUUAGCAGCAACCGAAGGAUCCUACUUCCUUCGAGAAUCCAAGCAGGCGGUCGGCCGCCUCUCGAACAAAAAAACCCCUCCUCAAUCUCAAAACCCGAACCGAAUCGAAUCCGAAUCCGCCGACGUCCUCCCCGAAAUCCUCCGCCAUUCGAUCCCUCUCAAAGGAAUCCCGCCGGAAUCCGAUCCUUCACUGUCCACCACCUCAAAAUGGCUUCUCAAAUCCAAUCCUUCAUCGAAUUCCGUGUCUCCUGAUGCUCUCAACCCUUUUAGGGCUUACGUGUCCUUGCCGCAGGCCACGCUUGGACCUAAAAGGUGGCAGGUGCCUGAUGAGCAGCCGACCGUUUCGGCGUCAAAGGCGAAUGAGCUGAGGAAGGACAGAUACUCGCAGCAGAUCGAUUCGAGGAAGCUCAAGGCCUUGGUUGUUGGGUAUUCACAAAUUGGAAAAGCAUUUGCUGUUGCUACGACAAUAGUCUUUGGAGGAGGAGCGGCUGUCUUUGUGUACACAGCUCACAAACUUCAAAUUGAGAAUGCUAACGACAUCAGAACAAAGGGAAAGGACCUGAUACAGCCAGGAGCCAAUAUCCUGAGGGAGCAAAUUGUCCCACUACGAACUUGGGUUGAGAACAUGUCGAGGAAAUGGCAUAUUGAAGGUGGUGGAGAAGUUAAAGAGAAGUCUAUCGUAAAAGAGCUCUCAAAAAUCUUAGGGCCCCGAACAACAGGCUGAAUUAUUUUCUUGUGCUUGUACAAUAGAAGCGAGCUCAUCUUAUUGCUGAGUGUGUAUUAGAUAAUAUUAGCCGGAAGUCUUGAGUGUGCAGGGUUAACUUGUAUACUGUUUGUAUUUUAAGGACUGUUGGCAUAUUGGGGUAUAUAGUGAAGGAUCGCUUGAAGGCUUAUAGCAGUAUAAUAAAAAAGUUGGAAGUAUCAUGCCAUUUAGGCAGUUCAUGAUAGCAGUCGGAAUUUGUUUUGUUUGAA